AUGGUCAUUUCAGUUGAUGGACAUUUCUUUUCUUUGGACUUCCAACAGGUCGAGUCUGAGGACCAGGUCUUGGGUACUUUCUGCGGAAAAGAGGACAGAGACCCGGAACAGACCCCAGGGCGGGAGCCUAUCACAUCUCCAGGAUCAUAUCUGAGCCUCACUUUCCGAUCCGACUUCUCCAACGAGGAACACUUCACGGGGUUUGAUGCCCAUUACGCAGCUGUGGAUAUCGAUGAGUGCUUGGAGAAGAGCGAUGAGGAACUGGGCUGCGACCACCACUGCCACAACUACAUCGGGGGCUACUACUGUUCCUGCCGCUUUGGCUAUAUCCUCCACACAGACAACAGGACGUGCAAAGUGGAAUGCAGCAACAACCUCUUCACCCAGAGGAGUGGGGUGAUCCACAGCCCAGAUUUCCCCAAGUCCUACCCUAAAAGCUCUGACUGUAUGUACCGCAUUGAGUUGGAAGAAGGAUUCUUCAUCACGCUCCAGUUUGAUGACAAUUUCGACAUUGAAGAUCAUCCGGAGGUCACCUGCCCCUAUGAUUACAUAAAGAUCAAAGCUGGAUUAAAAGACCUUGGGCCUUUUUGUGGAGAAAGACCUCCAGCACGGAUUGAAACCCGGAGCAACCACGUCCAAUUCCUGUUCCACAGUGAUAAUUCGGGAGAGAACGGAGGGUGGAAAUUAACAUACACAACCACAGGGGAUCCCUGUCCUCUUCUGGAGCCUCCCAUCAAUGGAAAACUGGAGCCCUCGCAGGCCACGUACACUUUCAAGGACCAAGUGGUGAUCAGCUGCAACACAGGAUACAACGUCGUGAAGGACGACGUGGAGAGCGAAACGUUCCAGAUGGAGUGCAUGAAGGACGGUGUGUGGAGCAGCCCUGUCCCGGUUUGUAAAAUUGCAGACUGCAACCCCCCCCAAGAACUGUCGCACGGCUUUGUCGCCUUCUCCAACCCCCAAAACCUGACCACGUACCAGUCGGAGAUCCAGUAUUUCUGCCAACAGCCAUACUACCAAAUGGUCCCCAACGUCACAGGAACGUUCACCUGCGACGCCAAAGGCGUUUGGAGAAGCAACGAAUUGGGGACCCGUCUGCCCUCCUGCCAACCAGUCUGUGGGAAACCCAAAUUUUCCAGAAGCUCGCUGGCCCGUAUCAUCCAGGGACGCUAUGCUCAGAGAGGGAUCUCCCCAUGGAUUGCCAUGCUCCAGAGGAACGGACGUCUCUUUUGCGGGGGGUCACUCAUAGGCAACCGGUGGGUUGUGACUGCCGCUCAUUGCCUUCACGAUGACCUGGACCCGGAGAACCCGGUUUUCAGAAACACGCACGUGAUCAGCCCGUCCUCCUUCACUAUUAUCCUGGGGAAGCACCGAACUCAGAGGCGAGACGACACGGAGCAGGCACUGCAGCCCCGGAGGAUCCACGUCCACCCGUCCUACAAGGCCGCCACGUUUGAGUACGACAUUGCAGUGGUGGAGCUGUCAGAAGAAGCGACCCUGAACGACUACGUGCUGCCCAUUUGCCUUCCGGAUGGGUCUCAGCAGAAAGACGCCAUGGUCAUUGUCAGCGGAUGGGGGAAGCAGUUUCUCCAGCGUCUCCCAGAUGCCUUGAUGGAGAUUGAAAUCCCCCUGACUGACCAUGGGCUGUGCAAAGAAGCCUACGCCAGACUGCAGAAAAUCGUGACUAACGAUAUGAUUUGUGCAGGAGAAGAACAAGGAGGAAAAGAUGCUUGCAGUGGGGACUCUGGUGGCCCCAUGGUGGCUUGGAGCAACCGGACCGGCCAAUGGCAACUCAUAGGGACCGUAUCUUGGGGCGACGGAUGUGGCUUGCAAAACCGCUAUGGAGUCUAUUCUAACGUUCUCUUGUCCCUCCCUUGGAUAAGGCAAGUUGCUCAGAUGGAAGACUGAAGCCUCAUCUCCAGAUGGUCGGCCUGCCAUCUCAUCUCAUCUCAUCUCAUCUCAUCUCAUCUCAUCUCAUCUCAUCUCAUCUCAUCUCAUCUCAUCUUUUCCUC